ACCGAGCUGGGCUGGGCAACAUGGCGGCGCCCAGGGAGAGAACCCGGAAGUGGCUCCUCUUCCUGCCAGAGACCCGGAAGUGGUUCCUCGUCCCUGGCGGAGCAGGAGCCGACGCUGCCGGGAAUGACGCGCUGGCCUCCAGACUGAUGGCGUCGGGCGCAGCGAGCCGCUCCGAGGACGAGGAGUCGCUGGCGGGGCAGAAGCGCAGCUCGUCGCAGGCCGCGGGCACCAUCCCCAAGCGCCGAAGCUCCUCCAGGUUCAUCAAGCGGAAGAAGUUCGACGAUGAGCUGGUAGAGAGCAGCCUGGCCAAGUCGUCCAGCCGGGCCAAGGGCCCCAGCGGCACCGAGCCUGGGCGCUGCUCCGGCAGCGAGCCCUCCUCCAGCGAGAAGAAGAAGGUCUCCAAAUCCAUCUCGGCCCCUGUGGCGCCGAGCCCGGUGCCAACCCCCAGCCUGGCCAAGCGGAUGAAGAAGAGCAAGCAGCCGCCACAAGUGACCAAGGACCUGGGGCGCUGGAAACCUGCUGACGACCUGCUGCUCAUCAACACUGUGCUGCAGACUAACGACCUGACCUCGGUGCACUUGGGUGUGAAGUUCAGCUGCCGCUUCAACCUGCGGGAGAUCCAGGAGCGCUGGUACGCGCUGCUCUACGACCCCGUCAUCUCCAAGCUGGCAUGCCAGGCCAUGCGGCAGCUGCACCCUGAGGCCAUCGCUGCCAUCCAGAGCAAGCUGCUGUUCAGCAAGGCCGAGGAGCAGCUGCUCAGCAAAGUGGGCUCGACCAGCCAGCCCACGCUGGACACCUUCCAGGAGCUGCUGCACAAGCACCCUGAGACCUUCUACCCAGCGCGCACAGCCAAGACACUGCAGGUGCACUGGCAGCUCAUGAAGCAGUACUACCUCCUGGCCGACCAGACAGUGCAGCCGCUGCCCAAGGGUGACCAGGUGCUGAACUUCUCCGAUGCUGAGGACAUGAUCGACGACAGCAAGCUGAAGGACUUGCAGGACGAGGUGCUGGAGCACGAGCUGACUGUGGCCGACCGGCGCCAGAAGCGGGAGAUCCGGCAGCUGGAGCAGGAGCUGCACAAGUGGCAGGUGCUGGUGGACAGCAUCACGGGCAUGAGCUCCCCCGACUUCGACAGCCAGACGCUGGCCGUGCUACGGGGCCGCAUGGUGCGCUAUCUCAUGCGCUCACGGGAGAUCACACUGGGCAGAGCCACCAAGGACAACCAGAUUGACGUGGACCUGGCACUGGAGGGACCUGCCUGGAAGAUCUCUCGCAAGCAAGGCGUCAUCAAGCUUAAGAACAACGGGGAUUUCUUCAUCGCCAACGAGGGCCGGCGCCCCAUCUACAUCGACGGGCGCCCUGUGCUGGGUGGCAGCAAGUGGAAGCUGAACAACAACUCGGUGGUGGAGAUCGCCAGCCUACGUUUCGUCUUUCUCAUCAACCAGGAUCUGAUUGCACUCAUCAAGGCCGAGGCUGCCAAGAUUACGCAGCAGUGAGGGCUGGGGGGGGGAAGGGGGGUCCUGGCUGUGGCCCGUGACUUGUGGCUGCUUCUAAUAAAAGAUUUGUGCCCCCA